AUGGCAUUUUUCAAAGCAGUUUCUGAAGUUUUGGCCAUGUAUAGUUUUCUCUUUGCCAUUUUUUCACCUGCUGUUCUUGAAGCACAAUCCCUUUCCCUUGCACCUGCUCCUGCUCCCUCCAGUGAUGGUACCUCAAUAGACCAAGGAAUUGCAUACAUAUUAAUGCUUGUCGCACUGGUGAUCACCUACCUCAUCCACCCCUUUGAUGCGUCUUCUUAUCAGUUCUGA